GAGGAGCAGAAGUGAAAUCAGAGGUGAAGAUGGCUUUAGCCAGCGGCCACUGGCUGGAGAAAGAAAUCAGAGGAGAACCUCCGAGUCCCAGACAUGGUCACGCUGUAGCUGUGGCUGGAAGCGUCGCCUUUCUGUUCGGAGGAGCGAGUAACAUCAGCCCAGAGGUCAGUCCUGUUUACUUCUCUGACUUCUACAUGCUAACAGUGACUCCUGAUGAUGUGACCUGGGAGGAGAUUCCUCAGAGCGGAGAAAUCCCGUCGGCCAGAGAAGGACACACACUCUGGUAAAUCCCACUCCAACAUGGCCGCCAGCAGGUAGCAUGGAGGUAGCGAUGAAUCAGAACAGGUGACAAAACUUUCUACAGAAACUAAACUGAAGUUAUUGUCUGUGAACCUAAAGAGGAACGAUCUGGAACCACAGCUUCAGUUAUCACAGCUGGAAACCUGAGAUCAGGCUGAAAUCUGGGUUUGAACCUCCAGAGCCACAUAAAGACGGUUACAAAAUCAGCCUUCUAUGACCUGAAGAACAUUUCCAGGAUUAAAGGACUAAUGUCCCAGCAAGAUCUAGAGCAGAGGUGUCCAAAGUGUGGCCCUGGGGCCAUUUACGGCCCUUGGAAUAGUUCUGAGUGGCCCUUGAUCACAGUCCAGGAAGUUGGUGGAGAUUUAAAAACAAUAUUGGGGUGAAUUGCAACACAAAGUAUUUGUCCAGGUUUUUACUUUGAAUUUAUUUUCCUUUAAUAGGAAACAGAGUCACAAAAAACAGUUUCCUUUCCUUUGUUAGGGAAAUGAAAUGAAACUGCUGAGCAGUCUUCAACCACUUCAAAAUAAGAGCAUGGACAUAAACUUCUAACUACUUCAAAUGUCAAACUUUAUUCAACUGAAAGUUUACAAAACUGUACAAAAGUUUACAAAAGUAA